UUAACGAUGUUUAUCAUUCUACCAUCCGCGAGCGACUAUGCGCAAGCCCUGGGAGGAAAUUCGGUCUUCGCUGGACUCAUCAUCGGUAUCACGUCCUUGUUCGCUGGGAUUGCGAUUCCAGGUCUUAUGGCGAUUGACAAGGGAACAUACAUGGGACCCGUUAUAUUUUCUUGUAUCUUGGCAACCAUUGGGAAUGUGCUCUAUGGACUCGCUUACAUCGCCAAUUUCCUAUGGCUCGUCUUUAUCGGGCGCUGCGUAACGGGUAUAGGUCUCGUCAGCUUCUUGUACACCAAACGCUACUGCACAGAUAGCCGUAUCAUCGGCGUUCGUCGCCGCGCAAGCGUCUCUGCCUGGCUUGUGGUUGGUCAAAACGUAGGCUUCACCCUCGGUCCCUUCCUCGGUGGUCUGCUGUACAAAGUUGGCUUUCACAAUGACGUUUUCAACGGGUACACCGGUCCUGGAUGGGUAAUGGCAGUGUGUUGGGUCACAUUUUUGGGUGUCAUUGUAGCGGCAUUCGAGGACGUACCGUCCCUUCGUCCGACCGUCUCCUCAACCAGCGCACAUGCUACUCGCCGCAGCAAUCGCACCACAGGGAUUGUAAUCGAGAUUGACGAAGCAGGCGUAUCGUCUUCUGAUGAUGAGCCGUUUGUGACGACCUGGCGCACCUACGCCCUCAUAUUUACCAUGUCCUGGAUUGCUAUGACCUGCUUCUUCGUCGUCGGAGCUUGGCAGUCCUCCAUUGCACCGUACACUUCCCUCCACUUCAACUGGUCUCCUUUCGCUGCAGGUAACUUCAUGGCCCUCGGCGGCCUCUGCACCUUCCCUUUCCUCUUCCUCAAUCUCUACUACGCACGCCGUAUGCAAGACCGGUAUAUCUUGGCGUAUGGCUGUGGAACAGGCGCAGCGGGAUUGGUGCUCAUGAUGUUAAUCGUGGGUAUAGGAGGGGAGAAAGAGAUAACAUUUGGGAGCUUCUUUGUGUGUUGGUGGUUGGUCGCGUUGGGCUUUAGUGUGGCGACGACGGCUACCGUCAGUUUGUUGAGCAAGCAGAUGCCGCAGAGGUGGAAUGGGAGGUUGAGUAUGGCGAUUCAGUAUGGUAAUUAUAUCGGAAGGGUGUGUGGGACGGUAUGGGGAGGAGCGGUGUUGAAUGUUGGGUUGUUGAAGAAUGUGGGUGUAGAUUUGGCGGUGGCUGGAGUUGGCAUUAUUCUAGUGGUGGUACUAUGGAGGGAUAUGAAGUCGAAGGUCGGGUAA